UCCCAGUUAAUCCCACCCACCGACAGAAGUUUGCAGGCCCCGGCUAAACUUCCAGCUCACUUCUCUGCCGACGACUGCUCCUUUCCACGUAGAGGUCUCAUUUUCCAGAAUGCUGUGGCGUUUUGUAGUAGCGAUUUUAGGCGUUUGCAUCCCAUAUUGCCGUUCGGACGUGCAGCUCAGUAGUAAUGUUAUUCUGGAACCUUAUGAUCUGCUGUUCGACACCGCGGUGGAAGCCUACUACAAGGGGGACUGGAUGACGGUCAUUCUGAACAUGGAGAGAGCGCUUCGGAACAAGGCUGCGAUUCGCAGGGUGAAGGCGCAUUGCCGGAUAACUUGUGCCAACCAGAGCGCUUUCGGGGAGCCUUUAUCCAGCAUGGUUGUGCCAGUACCAGGCGCUGGCUCCGUGGAAGAUCUGGGCUUUUUCCAGAAAAUUAUGAAAAGGGCUGAUUGUGUAAAUACCUGCGAAAGUGAGAAAAUUGGACCACCAACUAUCCAUAAAGUCACUGAAGAUGUGGACCUUGAGUUUAAGAAAAGAACCCCCUACAAUUACCUGCAAGUCGCGUACUUCAAGAUCAACAAGCUGGAUAAGGCUGUGGCUGCGGCAAACACCUUUUUCCUGGCCAACCCAGACCACAUGGAGAUGAAGCAGAACCUGGACUAUUACAGGAUGAUGGCAGGAGUACAGCAGGAGGACUUCAAAGACCUGGAGGCCCGGCCGCACAUGGCAGAGUUCCUUGCAGGGAAGCGGUACUACAGCUCAGACUCGUUCGGUCUGGCCAUCGACCACUUUGAGGCGGCAGUGGAGGAGUACUUCAGCGCGGACCAGGAGUGCCGGGCGCUCUGUGAAGGAGCUUACGUCUACGACGGAUACAACUACAUGGAGUACAGUGCCGACUUGUUCCAGUCCAUGACAGACCACUACAUGCAGAUUCUGAACUGUAAGCAGAAAUGUUCUGUGGAGCUAGCCUCCACCGCGGGAAAGGACAAGCCAUUUGAGGAUUUCCUCCCUUCCCAUUUCAACUACCUACAGUUCUCUUACUACAACAGUGAGAAGUAUGAGCAGGCCAUAGAGUGGGCUAAAACCUACCUGCUGUUCCAUCCAGAGGAGGAGGUGAUGAAUCAGAACCUGGCUUACUACUCCGCUGUGCUGGGGGAGGACAAGGCUGCAGCCAUAUCCGCUAGACUGGUGGUGAAACAGCAUAUUCAGCAGUCCCUGUUGGAAAAGGAGCUACUCUACUUUGCUUAUGAAGUGUUUGGAAUCACCUUUGUUGAUCCGGAUUCCUGGACCCCUGCAGACGUCAUGCCCCUCAAACUGAGAGAGAAACAGAAGGCAGAAAGGGAGACUGCGGCGAGGAUCACUGAGGAGAUUGGGAAUCUGAUGAAGGAGAUUGAAACUCUGGUGGAGGAGAAGAACAAGGAGUCGACUGACAUUGCCAAGAUCGUACGAGAAGGUGGUCCUUUGUUGUUUGAUGACAUCAAGAUUACUAUGUCGUCAAAGCAGCUGAAUGGGUCUCAGAGGGUUCUACUGGAUGGAUUUAUCUCGAAUGACGAGUGCAGAGAGCUCACCCACCUCUCUAAUGCGGCUGCGCUGAAAGGUGAUGGGUUUCAAGGCCACCCCUCCCCCCACUCACCCAGCGAGAGCUUCCAAGGAGUCACUGUCCUCAAGGCUAUUAAGUUGGGACAGGAGGGCACUGUGCCCCUGAAGAGUGCCCGCCUGUUUUUUGACAUGAGUGAGAAGGUGCGUGGAGUCCUGGAGUCGUACUUCCGUCUGGACUCUCCUCUCUACUUCUCCUACUCCCACCUGGUCUGCCGCUCCGCCAUCGACGGUGAGAAAGUGAACUAUGAGAAGCAGGAUGACCGUGACAACCUGAGUCACCCGGUUCAUGCAGACAACUGCCUGCUGGUCUCUGAGCUCAACGAGUGCAUUAAAGAACCACCUGCAUACACAAACAGGGACUAUAGCGCAAUCCUCUAUCUGAAUGAUGACUUUGAAGGAGGAGAUUUCAUUUUCACUGAACUGGAUGCCAAAACGGUCACAGCGGAGGUUCGUCCUCAGUGUGGUCGUGUGGUUGGGUUCGGUGCUGGGAAUGAGAACCCUCACGGGGUAAGAGCGGUCACUAAGGGCCAGAGGUGUGCUGUGGCCCUGUGGUUCACCCUUGACCCCAAACAUGAGGAGAAGGACCGAAUCCAAGCUCAAGAGAUGCUGAAGAUGUUCUCCUCUCCUACGGACACAGAGUUCACAAAGACAGAGAGCUCACAACCACAGCUUACACCUCUUGACCAGUCUGCGCUUCUUGGUCAAGCUGCAACCCUAGUCCAGGAGCAGGCAUACCAACCAGAUGACAAACCAGCAGAGAAGAAGCCUGAGGAACCAGCAGAGAAGAAGCCUGAGGAACCAACAGAGAAGAAGCCUGAGGAACCAGCAGAGAAGAAGCCUGAGGAACCAGCAGAGAAGAAGCCUGAGGAACCAGCAGAAACAGUUAUUGAAAAGCCAUCUGAUUAUCCAGAGGAUAAAAAGAAUGAGAAGCCGAUAGAGAAGCACGCAUCAAAGAACAAAAAAGCCAUGACUAAAACAGCAGCUAAUGCAGGGGACAAAGCCAACGCUAAGACAGCAGACAAGGCUAAAGCAGGGGACAAAGCCAACGCUAAGACAGUAGACAAGGCUAAAGCAGGGGACAAAGCCAACGCUAAGACAGCAGACAAGGCUAAAGCAGGGGACAAAGCCAACGCUAAGACAGCAGACAAGGCUAAAGCAGGGGACAAAGCCAACGCUAAGACAGCAGACAAGGCUAAAGCAGGGGACAAAGCCAACGCUAAGACAGCAGACAAGGCUAAAGCAGGGGACAAAGCCAACGCUAAGACAGCAGACAAGGCUAAAGCAGGGGACAAAGCCAACGCUAAGACAGCAGACAAGGCUAAAGAAAAACCUGCAGCAAAAACACAUGUCAAACAGGCAGCAGACAAUAAAGAGCAGAAGCCAGUGACAAAAAAGACAGAGAAAAUCCCUGUCAAAAAGGUUUCCAAGGACUCCAAAACUGACCUCAAGUCAUCCUCGGACUCACAGACAGACAAGGACGAGCUGUGAGACCAACAGCACCUGUGACUCUUAUUCUGUGGUGUCUUUUUUUUCUACUGUUUGAAUAUAUUUGUCAAGGUUGUUUCUGUGGAUGUGCUGGAUAAAGAUCUGAGGUUGUUUCUGUGGAUGUGCUGGAUAAAGAUCUGAGGUUGUUUCUGUGGAUGUGCUGGAUAAAGAUCUGAGGUUGUUUCUGUGGAUGUGCUGGAUAAAGAUCUGAGGUUGUUUGCUGUAUUGUUUUGGAUGUUGUUUGUCUGCCCAAUAAUGGUGGUGAGGAACAAGGAUAUGGUGUUGUAAUGUAAGCCAUACCGUAAUACCAAGGGACUGCAAACUCACUCUGAUGGCUGAUGUCAACCAACCAAUCAAUCAAAUCAAUCAAUCAAAUUAGAUUUCUAUAGUGCUUUUUCACAAAUACAUUUGUCACAAAGUGAUAAAUUGUAACCACCUUUGAAUACCUAUCCCAGACUCAUGUGAACAGAUAAUUUAUAUAUAUAUAUAUAUAUAUAUAUAUAUAUAUAUAUAUAUAAAUUAUAUAUAUAUAUAUAUAUAUAUAUAUAAAUUAUAUAUAUAUAUAUAUAUAUAAUAUGACUUUUGUUUAUGAUUUUGGAUUCUCAGUCUGCUAUUUUGUACUGUUUUAAAAUAUACUGUUCUUUGCCUCAGGAAUUGGAAGAUGUAAUGUCCUCAAAAAACAAAAAACAGGAAAGAACAACAAUGAACAAAUGUGUCUGAAUAGAGACUGAUACCUGAUUCAUGUGGAUACGCUAAAUAAAAGUACAGUUCUAA